ACUCUGGCCACAGGCCACAGAGGCCCAUGUGGUUUCGAAACAAAACAAACUCUACUACUUACGCGCCCUUGCCAGAUCACUGUGUGCUCCGAGGUGUUUGACAGUUAAAAAUAUAUUUAGUUUAGCGUUUAUUCGAAUAGAUCGACUGUUUGGUGAAAAUAAUUUUUAUUCGAGUACAGCGAAAAAGAUGAACAGUACAAAAAACAUGACGAAGCUCGAUGUUUCGUUGCUUGGGAAAAAAUUUCGAGGCUCCAUGCUCGGUUGUCUGGCGGGUGAUUGCAUCGGAAGCCCUUACGAAGGGGAAACCAUGAGUUCUGGUGAUCGGGUAGUUUUGCAAAAUUCCUACGACAAGCUCGAGGGACCCAUGUACAGAGCGCCAGUUAUGCAAUUCUCCGAUGAUUCUGCAAUGACAAAGUCAGUGGCAGAGUCUUUGAUUGAAAAAAAGGACCUUGACCUCGUCGAUAUGGCUAAAAAGUUCGUCAAGAGUUAUUACCAAGAGCCUCACAGGGGAUAUGGUCAGAGCGUUGUUACAGUUUUUAAAAAGCUCAGAGGCUCCAAAUUUACGGACGUUUUACUUCCAGCAAGGGAACAGUUCAAUGGUCAAGGUUCUUUUGGGAAUGGAGCUGCCAUGAGAGUUACUCCGAUCGCAUUAUUUUGUUACAACAAUUAUGAGCGCACGAUCGAUAUGGCUAGGCAACAAUCGUUGCUUACACAUACCCAUAAAAUUGGAAUCGAUGGAGCAAUACUGCAGGCAAUGGCUAUUCAACAAAGCUUACAUUCUCAUCCCAAGGAUGAAUUCGAUGCCAGAGAAUUUGUUGAUGACCUCAUAGAUAAAAUGAAUUUUGUAGAGGCUGACGAAGAAGGUUUAGGUCUAGUAGAACCACAACCUUACAAAAAGAGAUUAACUCUGGUGAAAAAACUUCUUUCCGAAAAAAAUGGAAAUAAACCAACACCUGAUCAAGUUGUUCAUGAAUUGGGAAACGAUAUUACGGGUGUAGGAUCCGUGCCUACGGCAAUAUUUUGUUUUUUGAGGGCUCAGAGCCCAAUCGAAGGAAUCAGGACGGAAAAUCCUCUAAGGAGGGCAAUCCAAUAUGCUGUAAGUUUGGGAGGAGACACAGACACAAUUGGAUGUAUGACGGGUGCAAUAGCAGGUGCGUUUUAUGGCGAUGAAAAAUUAUCGCCUAAUGUCUUGCAACACUGUGAAGGGUCGGAAGAAUUUAAACAACUUGCGGACAAGUUGCUGGAUGCAGCAACUUCUGUGGAAUGGAAUUCAAAUUGAGGCAUUGUUGUUGUUUUUUUUUUCUCAUGAAUUGUGUAGGUCAUGAAUAUUUUAAA